GCCGGGCCGCUCGGCGGCGGCUGGUGAGACCCGGACCCGAGCCGCGGGCGGGGUGGGCAGGGCCCGGCGCGGACCAGCCGCCAGACCCAGCCCGGUCGGAGGCCAGGCCCGACCUCGGCGCUGGGGGCAGCAUGAAGUGUCUGGUCACCGGCGGCAACGUGAAGGUGCUCGGCAAGGCCGUCCAUUCCCUGUCCCGCAUCGGGGACGAGCUCUACCUGGAGCCCCUGGAGGACGGGCUCUCUCUUCGGACGGUGAACUCCUCUCGCUCUGCCUAUGCCUGCUUCCUCUUUGCCCCACUCUUCUUCCAGCAGUACCAGGCCACCACCUCUGGUCAGGAAGCCCUGCGCUGUAAGAUCUUGAUGAAGUCGUUCCUGGCUGUCUUCCGCUCGCUGGCAACGGUGGAGAAGACUGUGGAGAAAUGCUGCAUCUCACUGAAUGGCAGGAGCAGCCGCCUGGUGGUCCAGCUACACUGCAAAUACGGGGUGAGGAAGACUCACAACCUGUCCUUCCAGGACUGCGAGUCCCUGCAGGCCGUCUUCGACCCAGCCUUGUGCCCCCAUGUACUCCGUGCCCCAGCACGGGUUCUGGGGGAGGCUGUUCUGCCCUUCCCCCCUGCACUGGCAGAAGUGACGUUGGGCAUUGGCUGUGGCCGCAGGGUCAUCCUGCGCAGCUACCAGGAGGAAGAGGCAGACAGCACCGUCAAAGCCAUGGUGACCGAGAUGAGCAUUGGGGAGGAGGAUUUCCAGCAGCUGCAGGCCCAAGAAGGGGUGGCCAUCACUUUCUGCCUUAAGGAAUUUCGGGGACUCCUGAGCUUUGCAGAGUCAGCAAACUUGUCUCUUAGUGUUCACUUCGAUGCACCAGGCAGGACCUGUCAUCUGCCUAGGCCAGCCAUCUUUGCUGUCAAGGAUUCUCUGCUGGAUGGACACUUUGUCCUGGCCACACUAUCAGAGUCGGACCUGCACUCCCCAGCCAUGUGCUCCCCAGAGCUCCACAGGCUUGCGCCUCCACUCCAAGCUCACAGCACACCCCACCUGGAUGACUUUGCCAGUGACGACAUUGACUCUUACAUGAUUGCCAUGGAAACUACUGCGGACAGCGAGGGCUCCCGGGCAGUACCCUCCAUCCCCCUUUCACCUGGACUCCGGCCCCCCUGUAGCCCUGGCCCCUUCUCAGAAGACCAUGAAGCCGAGCCCAGUACAGAGCCUGGGACUCCCCCACCCAAGAAGUUCCGCUCGCUGUUCUUUGGCUCCAUCCUCGCCCCUGUACACUCUCCUCCGGGCCCCAGCCCUGUGCUGGCUGAAGAUAGUGAGGGUGAAGGCUGAACUGAGAACAAGCCUGUGUCCAGAGGCUCUGAUUAGAUGAAACCACAGCCUCCUCCUUCCCCCAGCAGCAGCCCAGGGAUGGGGCUAAUCACCCUGGUGGUUGGUAAAGGUGGGCUGUGUUGGAGUAGAGCACUGGUCUUGAUGCCACCCCAGGUCCUUCCUGGCUCUGACUAGCCUGGGUCCUGUCUUCUCUAACUCCCAACCAAUCAUGUCUGUUCCCAGGCUUUGCACCGAGCUGCCACCUGAUGGGAGGCCCCCUGUUAUUCCCCUCCCAUAGGCCUUUAGGCCAGACUCCCAACUAUGUGGCUAGGGCUGGACACCUGCCUUCCCUAAGCCUACCUCCCCAGGACAGAAAUCACAGAGGGGCUAUGAGCCCCUGCUGAUUUACCUUCUUUGCCAAUCAUGACUUGUCUGUCCCUUAAAUCCUAAACACACCUCUGGAAUCCUUUGUGGUCACCAAACUGUUUUCUCUAUACUCUCUGGCCCCAGCUUGGAAUUCUAAGCCCCCAUGGACCUGAGCCUAUGGCUGGGAUUGCCCUAGCUGGGGCCCCAUGCCCAGCAUGCCUAUCCUCCCAAGCAGCCCUGGACAGAAGGGCUGCCAGGCCCAGUAUUUGGGACAAGGGAGACAGAGGCCAUGGCGAGAAUCCAGCUUUGACCUUUAUUCAAGAGACCAGAUGGGUUGCCCCAGGAUCUGUCGGCCAGCCCUGAGGCCAAGCAAGGCUGGAAACCCACAUCUGGCCCUGCUUUGCCCUGAGCUGCAGCCUCAGCCCCAGGAUCCUGCUUGCCACCACUAUAGCAGGCGGAAGGGGCCCUGGGGGAUUGGACGCUGCUAUUGAUUCAUUAAAAAAAAAAAAAAAUACACCAA